UUCCAAAUUACACACACACUGGGCUGGCUGUGCCUCUGUGGGGUCUGCGUCGGCUCGGCCCCAUCUUCUGUCUCUCCUCAUAGCUAGCCUAUCAUUGAUCGCGCGGCGUCACGCCUCUGCCGCUGAAAAUUCCUCUCCGACUCCUGCCGCCUGCCUGCCAAACCCUAAAGCCCUCAGAGGUCUCAGAGCAUUUAACAUAUUCUCUGUAUGGUGAAGGUUGCGCAUUGUGGUCUGAGGUCAUAUAAAGAUAGUCACUUAAAUCAAAUUGAUGCCUGCAACCUCAAAGGUGAAGAAGGUCCUACCUUUGGGGAAUGGGAGGGAGCAUUUAAAAAGGGUAUCUGUUGGUUUGAGUUGCAGCGCGCUCAGAUGGCCCAUAGGAGUGGUCGUCGUGCCACAUUUAGUGGUCAGGGCAGAGAAAACAGUGGUAACAGACCUCAGUUUUCGUUCAGUACUAUAAAGGAGGAAGAUGGAGAAGCUGUGACGGCUGAAUCUCUUGUAUCAGAGGAAGACAACAAAAGAGACUUCCCUAUUGAAGAAGCUAAACCAAAAAGACAGCGAAGGCAAAAGCAGACUGUUAUUGCCAAACCCAAGAGGAAAAAGUGUGACAAUUCUGCGCAGAGAUGGUCAAAGGAGAGGUAUAAGCAAGCUGAGCAACAUUUGCUGGAGAUUUUGAGGGCGGAAGGGGCUGUACGUGGUAAACCCAUCAGUCGUCCACAGCUCAGAUUGGCUGGUCGUAAACAUAUUGGUGAUACUGGCCUGCUCGACCAUCUGUUGAAGCACAUCGACGGGAAAGUGGCCCCAGGUGGGGCUGAGCGGUUCAGGCGGUGGCACAACACUGAUGGAAUUAUGGAAUAUUGGCUGGAAAGUGCUGAGCUUGAUCACAUUCGUCGUGAAGCAGGGGUCCAGGACCCUUACUGGGUCCCCUCGUCAUGGUGGAAUCCUGGUAGCAGUGGUGCCUUGGAAGAACCUGCUUCCUCUUCAGAUAUGAAACUUAUCAAAGAAGAUAUCAUUAACUUGAAGAGAGAGUUGGCGGAGCUCGUGUCCAAGAAGAAAGACCAGGAGGAAGCCAACUUGGUGGAGGGAAUGCUCAAGGACUUAGCAAACUGGCGAGCCAAGGCAGAUCAGCGCCUGAUUGAAACUUCAAGUUCAUUAAGCGGAAUGCAGGACAUGUAUCGGGAGGUUGCAGCAUGGAGAUUGAAAAUCGAACAGCAGCUGAUGGAACUUACCAAUUCGUUGAGCAGUAUGCAGGCCGCAAAGGCUUAUACUUACCCUCUCUGUCCUGAAAAUUCUGAGCGAUGGGAGGACUUGUUAGAGAGCACAAACCUUGAAAACGUACAAGGGGAUGACAUUGCGUCGUGGCUGGCGAAUACAGAUCCUAGCAAUGGCGAGUGGGAGGAUGGACCCUACUCUUACCUGACCACAAUAUCGAAGCCUAGUGAUGCAACCCCUGCUCAGGAUGCUGCCUGUGCAAGUGAGCUGGCUAUGCUCAAGGAAGAAGUGGCUAUAAUUAAGAGAGAUAUGAAGGAGCUCGUACUGAAGAAGCAAGAAUGUUUACCUAAAUAUAACCAAGAUGCCUCUCUCAAUGUGAAUCCGCAACUGGACUUUGAAAAUCCAUCACUCCUGUUCCAGCAGAGGUGGAAGGAGAUGGAAGAAUGGAGAAGCAAAAUGGAUCAGCAGAUGAAGGAGCUCUCAAAUGCAGUCAGGAGCAUGCAGGCAACAAAGCCGUUGACAGCAUGCAGCCCCUCUCCAGCUUUUUACGUGUAAAGAAUCGCAUGGCAGAAGAUGCAAUGGGGUAGCUCUAACCUGACUUUACAUCAGUAGGAUAUAUGGAAAUUUAGACUAUGUACAGGACUCACUAGCUUUAGCUUAGGCUCUAUCUUAGUUACAUGAACGAACCAAAAGUAAGCGGGCGGGGGGGUGAGACAGUAGGUGGUAGCCCUGAGCAAGUCCAACCUUUAGCUAUCCAGUUAGCACACGAUUCGAUUGUUAUGUUGGUGAACCCCUGGCACUUUUUUAAAAGUUUCAGGCAAGGGAGUCAUCACUGAGUGAGUGGUGCAUCCUUCCUUGAGGAUUUGGUUUCGGAGCUUUCACUAAGUAUUGUUACAACUUGAUUAGAAGUCAAUCUUUCUGUUCUUUUGAUUUUUUCCAUAUUAUACUUUUAAAUAUAUACAUAUAUGUGCUGAUGAUUAUCUUGUA